CGUGUCACUCCGCGACUACUGCGUGUUGCGGUGCUUUUUUUUUUCUUCCUCGCCUGCCUUCGACUUAACACGCGACGCGGUGGUGAAGAAACAGCUAUCAUCAACCGGGCUGUGACGGCCAAAUAAGUCAUCAUGGCAUCGCUGCCUCCUCCUCCCCCACCUCCAGGAUGGGGUGCAUCGGCGCCUCCAUCUAUGCCGCUCGCUCCGCCGCCUCCUGGGUACCAGCCGCCGGCUGAUCCGACGGUCGCUAAGUUUGCGUUGAAGAAGAACGAAUGGCUGCGGACGCAGCGUAACCGGUUCGGAGAGAAGAGGAAGGGGGGGUUUGUAGAGACGCAGAAGGCCGACAUGCCGCCAGAGCAUCUGCGCAAGAUCGUCAAGGAUAUCGGCGAUGUGUCGCAAAAGAAGUUCAGCACAGAGAAGCGAAGCUAUCUGGGUGCGCUGAAGUUCAUGCCCCACGCCGUCCUGAAGCUCUUGGAAAACAUGCCAAUGCCCUGGGAGUCGGCCAGAGAAGUUAAAGUCUUGUACCACGUCAACGGCUGCCUGACCCUCGUGAACGAGACGCCGCGGGUCAUCGAGCCCGUCUUCCACGCCCAGUGGGCGACUAUGUGGAUGUGCAUGCGACGCGAGAAGAGCGACCGCAGACACUUCAAGCGGAUGCGUUUCCCCCCCUUUGAUGACGAGGAACCGCCGCUGUCGUGGUCGGAAAACAUCGAAGAUGUCGAGCCCCUCGAGCCCAUCCAGAUGGAACUGGACGAGAACGAAGACACCGCCGUCUACGAAUGGUUCUACGAUCACCGCCCGCUCCUCGAUACCCCCCACGUGAACGGGCCCAGCUACAGGGAAUGGAACUUGACGUUACCGCAGAUGGCGACUCUCUACCGCUUGAGCCACCAGCUGCUGAGUGACGUGGUGGAUCAGAACUAUUUUCACAUGUUCGAUCUCAGCAGCUUCAAGACGGCCAAGGCUUUAAACGUUGCCAUCCCCGGCGGCCCUCGCUUUGAACCUCUCUACAAGGAUAUCGACCCCAACGACGAGGACUUUAGUGAGUUCAACGCCAUCGACCGUAUCAUCUUCCGUGCUCCCAUUCGGACGGAAUACCGGGUGGCCUUCCCCCAUCUGUACAACACCUUGCCCCGGAGCGUCAAGAUCUCGUGGUACUCUCAUCCUCAGGUUGUCUAUGUCCGAACCGAGGACCCUAACCUCCCCGCCUUCUACUUCGACCCCGUGAUCAACCCGAUUUCUUCUCGAUCCGUCGCUCCCAAGAACGUCACCGUGAGCCACGAAGAUUCCGUUUUUGGGCCGGGAAACAUGGAGGACGAUGAGUUCGAGCUUCCUGGUGAAGUGGAGCCGUUCUUCGCGGACGAGGAACUGUACAACUCCGAGACUGCCUCAGCUAUUGCCCUGUGGUGGGCCCCGCAUCCGUUCAACAAACGCUCUGGAAAAAUGGUCCGCGCGCAGGAUGUACCCCUGGUGAAGCAGUGGUAUCUCGAGCAUUGCCCCCAGGGCCAGCCUGUCAAAGUGCGCGUGUCUUACCAGAAAAUGCUCAAGACCUACGUGCUCAACGAGCUUCACAAAAAGAAGCCCAAGGCUCAGAGCAAGCAGAACCUUCUGAAGACAUUGAAGUCUACCAAAUUCUUCCAGCAGACCACCAUUGACUGGGUUGAAGCAGGUCUGCAAGUGUGCCGGCAAGGCUUCAACAUGCUCAACCUCCUGAUCCAUCGCAAGAAUCUGACCUACUUGCAUCUGGAUUACAACUUCAACCUGAAGCCUGUCAAGACCUUGACAACCAAGGAGCGGAAGAAAUCUCGAUUCGGAAACGCCUUCCAUUUGAUGAGAGAAAUCUUGCGUCUCACCAAGUUGAUUGUUGACGCCCAGGUUCAGUACCGCCUGGGCAACAUUGAUGCCUUCCAGCUCGCUGAUGGCAUCCUCUAUGCGUUCAACCAUGUUGGACAGUUGACCGGCAUGUACCGUUACAAGUACAAGCUCAUGCAUCAGAUUCGGUCAUGCAAGGACUUGAAGCACUUGAUCUACUACCGUUUCAAUUCGGGCCCUGUCGGCAAGGGUCCCGGCUGCGGGUUCUGGGCCCCCGCCUGGCGUGUCUGGUUGUUCUUCAUGCGUGGUAUCAUCCCCCUCCUGGAGAGAUGGCUUGGAAACUUGCUUUCGCGCCAAUUCGAGGGUCGUCACAGCAAGGGCGUCGCCAAGACCGUGACGAAGCAACGUGUCGAAUCCCACUUUGAUCUCGAGCUUCGUGCUUCCGUCAUGGCAGACCUGAUGGACAUGAUGCCCGAAGGUAUCAAACAGAACAAGGUCAACACUGUUCUUCAGCAUCUUUCGGAAGCAUGGAGAUGCUGGAAGAGUAACAUCCCCUGGAAGGUGCCCGGAUUGCCCGCUCCUAUUGAGAACAUCAUCCUUCGUUACGUCAAGAGCAAGGCCGAUUGGUGGAUUUCAGUCGCACAUUACAAUCGGGAAAGAAUUCGCCGCGGCGCCACGGUUGAUAAGACUGUCGCGAAAAAGAACCUCGGUCGUCUCACACGGCUUUGGCUCAAGGCCGAACAAGAAAGGCAGCAUAAUUACCUCAAGGAUGGUCCUUAUGUAUCAUCCGAAGAAGCCGUUGCCAUCUAUACCACCAUGGUGCACUGGCUUGAGUCACGCAAGUUCUCUCCUAUCCCUUUCCCCAGUGUCUCCUACAAACACGAUACCAAGAUCUUGAUUCUGGCCCUUGAACGCCUGCGUGAAUCGUACUCUGUCAAGGGUCGACUUAAUCAGAGUCAGCGUGAAGAGCUUGCGCUCAUCGAACAGGCCUACGACUCUCCGGGAACCACCUUGGCAAGAAUCAAACGCUUUCUCCUAACCCAGAGAGCAUUCAAGGAGGUUGGCAUCGACAUGAAUGACAACUAUAACAAUAUCAACCCCGUCUAUGACGUCGAGCCCAUCGAAAAGAUCACUGAUGCCUAUCUCGACCAAUACCUCUGGUACCAAGCCGAGCAGCGUCACCUGUUCCCGGCGUGGAUCAAACCCUCGGAUUCAGAGGUCCCUCCCUUGCUGACAUACAAGUGGGCUCAGGGAAUCAACAACCUGUCAAACGUCUGGGAGACUGCAGACGGAGAGACCAAUGUGAUGAUUGAAACUGAACUUUCCAAGGUCUAUGAAAAAAUCGAUCUUACAUUGCUCAACCGCUUGCUCCGUCUCAUCAUGGAUCACAACUUGGCUGAUUACAUCACGUCAAAGAACAACGUGCAGCUCAGCUACAAGGACAUGAACCACACCAACAGCUACGGUUUGAUUCGAGGCCUUCAGUUCUCUGGAUUCGUCUUCCAGUACUACGGUCUCAUGAUCGAUCUGCUCCUCCUUGGUCUGCAACGUGCAAGCGAGAUGGCAGGCCCGCCUCAGAGUCCGAACGACUUCCUGCAAUUCAGGGACCGUGCAACUGAAACUCGCCACCCGAUCCGUCUCUACACCCGCUAUGUUGACAAGAUCUGGGUUUUUUUCCGGUUCUCGGCCGAUGAGUCCAGAGACCUGAUCCAACGGUUCCUGACGGAAAAUCCUGAUCCCAACUUCGAAAACGUCAUCGGGUACAGAAACAAGAAGUGCUGGCCUCGCGACUGCAGAAUGCGCUUGAUGCGCCACGAUGUGAACCUCGGCCGUGCCGUGUUCUGGGAUUUGAAAAACCGCCUGCCCCGAUCCAUCACAACAGUCGAAUGGGACGAUACGUUUUCCAGCGUCUACAGCAAGGACAACCCUAACCUCUUGUUCUCAAUGAGCGGGUUUGAAGUUCGCAUCCUGCCGAAGAUUCGCAAUCAAAAUGAGGAGUUUUCGGUGAAGGACAGCGUCUGGUCCUUGGUCGAUAACUCGUCCAAGGAGCGAACGGCUCAUGCCUUCCUCCAAGUCACAGAGGAGGACAUCCAAAAGUUCAACAACAGGAUUCGACAGAUCCUCAUGUCGUCUGGAUCCACCACCUUCACCAAGAUCGCGAACAAAUGGAACACCGCUUUGAUUGCCUUGUUCACUUACUACCGUGAGGCUGCCGUUUCGACUGUCAACCUUUUGGAUACGAUCGUCAAAUGCGAGACCAAGAUUCAGACUCGUGUCAAGAUUGGUUUGAACUCCAAGAUGCCGUCGCGCUUCCCUCCCGCUGUCUUUUAUACCCCUAAGGAGCUUGGUGGUCUGGGAAUGAUCUCUGGAUCUCACAUCCUCAUUCCAGCUAGUGACAAGCGAUGGUCCAAGCAGACGGAUACUGGAAUCACCCAUUUCCGUGCUGGUAUGUCACAUGACGAAGAAACCUUGAUUCCGAACAUUUUCCGCUACAUCAUUCCUUGGGAGGCCGAGUUCAUCGACUCUCAGCGUGUUUGGAUGGAGUAUUCCCAAAAGCGACAGGAAGCACAGCAACAGAAUCGGCGCCUGACCUUGGAGGAUCUUGAGGAUAGCUGGGACCGUGGUCUGCCGCGUAUCAACACACUGUUCCAAAAGGAUCGCAGCACCCUCAGCUUCGACAAGGGUUUCCGUCUCCGCGCCGAAUUUAAGCAGUACCAGUUGAUGAAGAGCAAUCCGUUCUGGUGGACAAGUCAGCGGCACGACGGCAAGCUGUGGAACCUGAAUGCCUACCGAACCGACGUCAUUCAGGCUCUGGGUGGUGUCGAAACCAUCCUGGAACACACCCUGUUCAAGGCUACCGCUUUUCCAUCAUGGGAGGGUCUCUUUUGGGAAAGAGCCAGCGGCUUCGAAGAGUCGAUGAAGUUCAAGAAGCUCACAAACGCCCAGCGAUCGGGUUUGAACCAGAUCCCGAACCGUCGAUUCACGCUUUGGUGGUCCCCGACCAUUAACCGCGCCAACGUGUACGUUGGUUUCCAGGUUCAACUGGAUCUUACCGGUAUCUUCUUGCACGGCAAGAUUCCUACCUUGAAGAUCUCCUUAAUCCAGAUCUUCCGUGCCCAUUUGUGGCAAAAGAUUCACGAGUCCGUUGUCAUGGAUUUGUGCCAGGUCUUUGACCAGGAAUUGGAGCAGUUGGGUAUCGAGGCAGUUCAGAAGGAGACUAUCCAUCCUCGUAAAUCAUACAAGAUGAACAGCUCCUGUGCCGAUAUUCUUCUGUUCGCGACCAACAAAUGGAAUGUGACGCGGCCAUCCCUUCUGUUUGAUACGAAGGAUGUUUACGAGCCCACGACCACCAACAAGUUCUGGCUUGAUGUGCAACUGAGAUAUGGUGAUUAUGAUUCUCACGAUAUCGAGAGAUAUGUUCGUGCCAAAUACCUCGACUACACCACGGAUAGCAUGAGCAUCUACCCCUCUGCCACCGGUCUCAUGAUCGGCAUCGACCUUGCAUACAACCUACACUCGGCUUAUGGCCAGUACUUCCCUGGAUUGAAGACGCUGAUUCAGCAAGCGAUGGCGAAGAUCAUGAAGGCAAACCCUGCCUUGUAUGUGUUGAGAGAGCGUAUCCGAAAGGGCUUGCAGCUAUAUGCCUCAGAGAGCAACCAGGAAUUUCUCAAUUCGCAGAACUACUCGGAACUCUUCAGUCCUCAGAUCCAACUGUUCAUUGACGACACCAACGUGUACCGUGUGACGAUCCAUAAGACCUUCGAAGGUAACCUUACCACCAAGCCGAUCAACGGUGCCAUCUUUAUUUUCAACCCUCGAACUGGUCAACUCUUCUUGAAGAUCAUUCACACGAGUGUCUGGGCUGGACAGAAGCGUCUUGGUCAGCUGGCCAAAUGGAAGACUGCAGAAGAAGUGGCGGCCCUCAUCCGCUCUCUGCCGGUGGAAGAGCAGCCUAAGCAGCUUAUUGUUACUCGCAAGGGUCUCCUUGAUCCGCUUGAGGUCCAUCUGCUUGACUUCCCCAACAUUUCUAUUCGCGCUUCUGAGCUCCAGCUUCCAUUCCAAGCCGCUAUGAAGGUUGAGAAGCUGGCUGAUAUGAUUCUCCGUGCCACUGAGCCGCAGAUGGUGCUGUUCAAUCUUUACGAUGAAUGGUUACGUUCGAUCUCUCCGUACACGGCCUUCUCUAGGUUGAUCCUCAUUCUUCGAGCCCUCCAUGUCAAUCCUGAUAAGACAAAGAUCAUCUUGCGGCCUGAUAAGACAGUGAUCACUCAGGAACAUCACAUCUGGCCUUCACUCUCCGACGAGGACUGGAUUAAGGUUGAAGUGCAGCUGCGUGACCUUAUCUUGAACGAUUAUGGAAAGAAGAACAAUGUCAACGUACAAAGUUUGACCAGUAGCGAAGUCCGUGACAUCAUUCUGGGUAUGGAGAUCAGUGCACCAUCCUUGCAGAGACAGCAGGCAGCCGAAAUCGAGAAGCAACAGGAAGAACAGAAGCAGCUUACCGCCGUCACCACCAAGACUCAGAACGUUCGUGGUGAGGAGAUCAUCGUCACCACGACGUCGCAGUACGAGCAGCAGUCGUUCGCGUCGAAGACUGAAUGGCGCACCCGGGCCAUUGCGACGUCGAACCUUCGCACCCGGUCGAACAACAUCUACAUCUCGUCCGACGACAUCCAAGAGGAAGGGUACACGUACGUCAUGCCCAAGAACAUCCUGCGACGCUUCAUCACUAUCGCGGAUCUUCGUGUGCAGGUUUCAGGCUACCUCUACGGCAGCUCACCCCCGGAUAACGAUCAAGUCAAGGAGGUGCGCACCAUUGUCAUGGUCCCGCAAGUCGGAAACACUCGCGAUGUCCAGCUGCCACAUGAGCUGCCGCAGCACGACUACCUGAACAGUCUGGAGCCCUUGGGUGUCAUCCAUACUGUCUCGGGCAAUGAGCCUCCGUACAUGACUGCCAUGGAUGUCACUCAGCAUGCCCGCCUGAUGAAUGCCCAUUCGUCCUGGGACAAGAAGACAGUGACGAUGACGGUUUCGUUCACGCCCGGAUCCGUGUCUCUGGCUGCCUGGGCGCUUACCCCCGAGGGCUACAAAUGGGGGGCCGAAAACAAAGACACAACCUCGGACCAGCCGCAGGGAUUCUCGACCAGUAUGGGUGAAAAGUGUCAGCUGCUGCUCAGUGACAAGAUCAGAGGCUAUUUCUUGGUGCCAGAGGACAAUGUCUGGAACUACAGCUUCAUGGGCAGCUCGUUUGGCGGGGUCGAGAAACGGCCCGUCUACGUCAAGAUCGACACGCCGCUACGUUUCUACGACGCACAGCAUCGUCCGUUGCAUUUCCAGAACUUUGCCGAGUUGGAGGAUAUUUGGGUUGACCGGUCCGAUAAUUUUGCCUGAGCGGGUUGUUUUCCGCGGCGAAUUGUAUUCUUUUACCUGUCUUAUUUCAUCGUCCUUUUCCCUUUAAUCAUCCUGAUCCCGGCGUUGCGAGACUUUUGUCGUUUUAACCUAUUUCCUGUAUGCUAAUCAUGAAACUCCAAAAACCCGUCAGACAAGGAUUUCAGCGGUCAUCGACAUUUUUUUUUUUUGUUUUUUAAAAAAACUU